CUGACCCCCAGCCCCUCCUUCGCGCCGAUCUAUGUGCCCCUUGACAACACGUCCAUGGCCCGCCUUCCUGCUGCCCACCCUGGCAAGGCGCCAUGGCGAGGUCUUCGCCGGUGCAGGCGCGGGCGCCGUGGCACCCUCCUCGUUUGUCCAGGCCGCGUUUGGCGGCGGGGGCAUGCAGUCGUCUGCCACGCUGAACGCCGCCGGCUGGGGCCUGUUCCAGCUCGGGGGUGUGACCUCCCGCAACGCCCCCUUCGCUAACUACAUCACCACGGACGGGGUGGCCUGCAGCGUGGCGCGAGAAGCGCACAACAAGCCGCUGGCCAACUUGAAGCCGGCGACCGCGCCCGCCGAUGCGGAGGAGCUGUGCACCCUGGAGGAGAUGAAGGCCACGCAGAUCAUCGGUGUGGACCCGUGCGGGGGAGGGAAUUGGUUCAUGGCAGCACGGUCUCCGCUGUACCAGCCAGGGCCCUGGGCUUGGGAGGGUGUCAGGGAGGGUGUCAGCCCUGCCCAGCGCUUCCUGCUCGAGCCGCACGACAAGCAGCUGGAUGAGGAGUUGUUCCCUGGGCAGCUGCCGCCGGAGCCGCGUCGCAGGCGCAAGGGCGUCAGGCGCAAGGGUGGCGGGCGCAAGGGGGGCGGGCGCAAGGGGGGCCACCGCCGGAAGCAAUCGAAGCACUGGCAGCCGCGAGCCAGGACAGCGCGGCGGCGGCGCCAGAAGCGGGGCCGAUUCCAUAUGAGUAUGGGCCACUGGCGGCACAUGUCAGGCCUGGAACGACUCCAGCCAAACCGCCCACAGCUUGCGCCAGCCCUGCAGGCGUACGUCGGCGGCAUCCCCACGGCGGCGACCGCGUCGGCGGCCCGGUUUGAAGAGCGCCUGCGCUACCUCUUCGCCAGUGGGGCGGCAGGGCAGGCGGCGGGGCAGGAGGCGGGGCAGGCGGAGGCGGCGGGGCCGGCAGAGGCGGGGCCCCGGGGCGCGGUGCACGUGCUGUGGCACUACCACUUCUCCGCCUUCCGCCGAAAGCGCUGGGCUGCGUUCAUCCAGCGCGACCGCGCGCUCCACCGCGUCGCCAAGCAGCUCACGGGCGGCAGGCCCAAGGAGGAGGUGGUGGUGGGGUGGGGUUCGUGGGCCUUCCAGGGAGGGAAGGGCGGCUCCCCCAUCUCCGUCAGGGGCGGGCGCGCGCCGACGGGGCGGCUCAUCAAGCUGCUCCGUGAGCGCUACGCCAAGCAUGUGUUCAUCAUCGAUGAAUACAAGACCUCCAAGACCUGCUACAACUGCGGGUGUCAGGAGAUGGCCAUCAAGCGGCUUGGGGGGCUGAAGGAGGGGCAGCGGCCCUGGUCGGUCAAAGUCUGCAACGACUGCUUGACGACCUGGAACCGCGACGUCUCCGCCGCCAACGUGAUCCGUGUGCUCCUCCUGCUGAAGCUGAUGGGCUUCGAGCGGCCGACCAAGCUGCAGCGGCCGCCAUGGCCGCCGGCGGCGGCGGGGCCGGGCUGAGAGCCUGAACGGCGCUAGCAGGGCGUGGGGCUGAGGGUGCACGUGUCGAUUGGCGGCGAGUGACGUGACUAGUUUGUUAGCUGCGGGUUAGCACGGACUGUGCACCCCACCCAACCGGCCACGUCCGGAUUUGCGGGGAUGCCAAAGGCCCCCAACAUAGAGGCGUGUGCAAUUUGCGUGUGCUUAGUAGGCGCCCGCGUCAAGGUGGCUGGGUUGAUAACGACCCGGGAGGGGAGGGCUCAGCCCUUUUCCUGCCUCCCUAAGGCAGCCACCUCCUUGUUGCCGGUACUCCAUAAGUAAGCUUGCACCGCGCAUACCAGUCAGUCUGUGUCUGUGUGCUUAGCGGCUCUGCGUGGACUGAGGUGGGAUGAUGCAGGUGGGUACUGCUGAGUAGGAGAAGAGCGUUGUCUGUACAAGGAGACGCCCAAGCUAGCAGCGGAGUGCAGUGCUGUGCGCCUGAGGGCUGACCGGCACGCACAGGACAAGCAGGCACGCGGCUGCUCAUGGGUUGUAUGGCAAGGCGCGCUGCAGGAAUGCGACUGGCGCCGCUGUCGGGUGCACACGGUUUUGCAUGGGAAGGUGGGCUUGCGGACGGACGCGGCCUGACGCGGGCGGCGGGCCCCUACCGAUGGAAAGUUUAGGAAAGUUCAAGUGGCAAGUUUUGCAUCCUAGCUGCAGCCGUAGCUUCAAGUUUGAUAGCGGCUGAGUGUGCCUUGAAUAUCGAAGUUACGUGCAUUCCCAGCCUCGUUCUGGUUUGUGACCGUGAGAAAAUGCACGU